AUUGAAACAUUGAUUACAUUAGAAUACAAUUGUAUUCCCUUAGGUUAAGUAGCGUUAGGCCUCAAGGUAACAGCUAGACAAAUUAUCUGACAUAACAAUUACAAAUGCAUUGUAAUUCAGCUGACAUUACAAAGAUGAAAGAUUCAAGGACUCUGCCUGGCAUCAAAACCUCAGAGAAACGGACUGAGGAAAGUGCCGCAAAGCAGGCGAAGGCCAGCUAUGGCCAACCUCCUGCAGGACAACAGCCGCCGUCCAAGCCUGGACUGUCUCUGGAGAAGAGAAUGGAACAAGAGGAGCGGAGGCGGCACGUCCUCGCCAACGAGCACAACCGACUCACGUUUGCUGUGAAUGAAGAGGAGGCCAAGUUGAAGCAGCUGCAGGAGUCCCUGAAAGCAAUGAGCGUCCAGCCGACGAACCACAACAAUGAAGACGCACGCAAGCAGCGCAUGCGGCAGCUGGAGAACGACAAAGACAAGAUGAAGAUUAAGAUCAUACCGGCUACAGAGAUCCAGAUGGCCUUUCAACACAUCCGUGAACGCCUGCAGCAGGAGGUCCGGGGGGCAUUCAUGGUCCUGGACCAGAAACAGCAGGCCGUUGCUGCUGGACAGGCGGAGGUGGACAGAGCAACCAAACAGUUCCGGUCAGCAGCAGCAGCAGCUGACAGCGCCCUGAGCAGCAUGGAGGAUGGGACAAUGAGGAGGAAAAGAGAAAUGGAGAGUGAGCUUUUCAAACUGAGUGCAGAAGAAAAGGAACUGAAAAGGCAAAUGGAGUCAUCCAAGCAUCUCAACCCAGCGGGGCAAAGCCGGCAGAAGGAGCGGCAAAUUAAAGAAGGAGAUCCACACUCAGUUCCAGUCACAGAUCAUCAGUGCGUUGACGCCUGCGGUGCUUCCCAGUCUGACGUGAAGCUGGUGGAGGACAUGGAGGCUCUGAAAGAAGCUCUGGGCUCCAUUGAAGAAGUGCAGGAACUCGUGGACAAAGUGCCGUCACAGACAGCCUCCAUGGAGCAGCUCUUCGCUGAGAUAGCCCAGUACGAGGACUUUUCCAGGCAGGAGGCCAAGACCGUGGCUGAGCUGGAGCUCCAGUACGCCGAACUCCAGUUCAGUGCCCAACCCGCAGCGACAAGGGUUGAAAUGCAGGCCGAGCUGAAGCAGGAAGUGGUCCGUGUUCAGCGACUGCAGGCCGAGCUGAAGCAGUCCCAGGACCUGUUGGACACUGUGGAGUUGCAGGUCAACAACCUCUACAUCAGGAUGAGCUGCGUCUCCGUGGAGAUCUGUGUCACACUCCUUCAGGGGCUGCCCAGCGCGCCCAGCGUGGACUGCCCCGACCGACUGGGGGACGUCAGGGCGCGCAUGCCAACAUUACUGAGAAGAGCAUCGGAGCAGGAAGCUGAGAGCAGCGGCCUGGACCAGGAGAAGACGGGCGGGUCGAGUGUGAGCGGCAGAAGAAGUCCUUGAGGGAGACCUCACAGCGGGUUUGAUCCGGCUAAUGGAAUAAAGGAGGGCAGCAGGACGCCUCUGCUGUGGUUCACUGGUU